UGCAUCGAAAAGGCAUUUUCUUCCUUGUUGCUGUUAAUCAACUACUCGUAUACUCAUCCUAUACUCAACAACAACACCAUCGCGAAGAUUCAUUUAUGUAACACAUGUUCCAUUCCGUCAUACUUCAAAUUUCCUUCAAAUUCUUUAUAUUUUCCCACCGUCUGACUCAUCAUCAUCAAUUCAUCAUCAUCAAUUUCAACUUCAACCUCUCUCGAUAAUUAAUUAAUAAUAAUCGAAAUCAAAGUGCUCUCUGUUUGUUUCGAUAACACUCUUUCUCUCUGUUUCUCGCGAUACACUCUUUCUCUCUGUUUCUCUCUCAUCGCGAUCUUUCGAAAACCCUACUCUCUCUCUCUCUGAAGCUGCUCGUGUGGAUCGAGCAGUUUCAAUUUCGAUUCAUGAUGAAUUGUAGUGUCCUCAAUUUCGCUUAUUGAUUCUCAUAACCAUGUGGUUUUCCUUCUGGAGAUCCAAAGAUCGUUUUUCCUUGGAUCAACUUAGGUACUUAGCUGAUCAGUUAUCAAAAGUUCAAAUAGUUAAUGAGGUUAAUAAGGAUUUUGUUAUUGAGGCACUGAGAUCAAUCGCGGAGUUGAUAACAUAUGGUGACCAACACGACCCAAGCUUUUUUGAAUUUUUCAUGGAAAAUCAAGUUGUGGGGGAUUUUGUACGUGUUCUAAAGCUUAGCAGGACUAUUAGUAUUCCACUUCAGUUGCUACAAACUGUUAGCAUUAUGAUCCAAAACCUUCAAAGUGAACAUGCUAUAUGUAAGUUGUUUGUCAAAUGGAGUUCCAUUUCCGCAGUCGCGUUAUUUUCUACACUGGAUUUAACAAUGUUGAUGGGCUUGGCUUUCUUCUUUAUUGUUACUUUUGCAGAUUAUAUGCUUAGUAAUGAACAUAUGAACUUCCUAAUUACAUAUUCAUUUGAUUUCCGCAAUGAAGAGCUAUUGUCAUACUACAUAUCUUUUUUAAGAGCAAUUGGUGGGAAAUUAAACAAGAAUACUAUUUCUUUGCUUGUGAAGACUCGCAAUGAUGAAGUAGUUUCAUUUCCACUAUAUGUUGAGGCGAUACGCUUUGCCUUUCAUGAGGAGAACAUGAUUCGCGCUGCUGUGCGUGCUGUGACCCUUAAUGUUUACCAUGUUGGAGACCACUCUGUUAAUAGAUAUAUAACUAGCGCACCUCACACAGAUUACUUCUCCAAUCUGGUUUCUUUUUUUAAGAAGCAGUGUAUGGAUUUAAACAAACUGAUCUCUGAUACGCAGAAAAAUCCAGGCCCAGACUCAAAGGCUACCAUUACGGCUGCUGUAGAUGAAAUUGAGGACAAUCUAUAUUACUUUAGUGAUGUGAUCUCUGCGGGAAUUCCUGAUGUUGAAAGGUUAAUAACAGACAGCAUUCUGACGCUUCUGAUUUUUCCAGUACUUCUUCCUUCUCUAAGGAUAGUGGCUGCUAAUCAUGUUGACCAGGAUAUACAAAGUGAUGUUGUCACUUCUCUCUACUUACUUUGUUGCAUCUUGAGGAUAGUGAAGAUCAAAGAUUUGGCAAAUACAAUAGUUGCUGCACUUUAUUACCCCAUAGAGUCCCUUACAAAAUGUUUUGGGGGUCAAGUCAAUGGAAUGAUACCUGAUAAUGGUUUUACUUCUGAAGGCGACGGGAUAGAUAAUGAUAAUCUCGCCAAGAAUAAUAACAAAGGCUUGGUAGUCAAUAUUCCAUGCUCACCUAAUUCUUCAGGUUUUCAUCCACAGAGUAUCACCAUGCUAAAUAAUGGUAGCAGUUCGAAUGUGGCUUUGAGGGAAGUUUUGCUUGAAUAUGUAACUGACGGGGCUGAUUUACAAGUUUUGGGUUCCUUGAGUGUGCUUGCCACUCUACUGCAAACUAAAGAACUUGAUGAGUCAAUGCUAGAUGGGCUUGGAAUUCUUCCACAACGCAAACAGCAAAAAAAGCUCUUAUUGCAAGCUUUGGUUGGUGAGGCUUCAGGGGAAGAACAACUUUUUUCUUCUGAAACUAGUUUGACAAGAGAUGGCAUUGCAUGCGAGCUUGAUGUUUAUCUUGAAAAGAUCAAGGAGCUGUAUGGGGUAUCUUUUCAGCUUCCAAAUGUGAUGCCAAGUCCUCGUGUACCUAGAUUUCAGGUGCUUGAUGCAUUAGUGAGCCUCUUUUGCCGUUCUAAUAUAUCUGCAGAGACACUAUGGGAUGGUGGCUGGCUUUUACGCCAGUUGUUUCCUUACAGUGAGUCAAAAUUCAACAACCACCACCUGAAAUUGCUGAAAAUUUCAUACGAGAAUUCUGCUUGUGCUCUUGAAAAGGAAGUUAAAGGUUUCUGGCCUGACCUUCUUAUUACCGUUCUUUGUGAUGAGUGGAGAAAGUGCAAAAGAGCAAUGGAGUCCUCAUACCCUCCAAAAGAACCAAAGUGCGUGCUUUUUCCACCUAGGAUGCUCUUUUCAGAAGAAGAUAUACCUGAGGGAUCAUCAUUUACUGCUGGAGAAAGAAUGCAUGAGUUGGUGAAGGUAUUUGUACUUCUGCACCAACUUCAGAUGUUCACUCACGGUAGAACUUUGCCUGAGCAACCUCUUAUUUAUCGUCCUUAUGAUCAUCGUAUGGAUUCUCGAGCCCAGACUUCUGGACUUAUGUCAGUUCCAAAGCCAGGCACUGAAAUGAACCUUGUUAAUGCCGUGCCUUGUAGAAUUGCUUUUGAGAGGGGCAAAGAGCGCCAUUUUUGUUUUUUAGCAAUCUCUGUAGGAACAUCUGGUUGGCUUGUGCUUGCUGAAGAAUUGCCUCUGAAGAAGUCCUAUGGAAUUGUUCGGGUUGCCGCACCUUUGUCUGGGUGCAAUCCCAGGAUUGAUGAUAAGCAUCCAAAAUGGUUACACCUGCGGAUCCGGCCUUCUGCUUUACCUUUUCUGGAUCCUGUCAAGUACAGUCCUCAUGGGAAGUUAAAGACAAAAGCUUUUGUUGAUGGAAGAUGGAUAUUGGCAUUCAGGGACGAGGAGUCUUGCAAAGCUGCUUUUCUCAUGAUUCUUGAAGAGAUUAAUUAUCUAUGCGACGAGGUUCAUAGAAGAAUAAAGCCUUUGCUCAAGCUAGAAACCGUGCUAGACAUAUCAAGUUCGUCUGCACCUGUUUCAGAGGAUUCUUCUUCACAUACAUCACCUCCCAAUUCAUUGUAAGUUUUUGACUUAAUUCAUAAUAAUAGGCUGUUUACUCUAGGGGUAGGAAAUUAUUAAGUCUGUCACCCUUUUGUAUAUGCUCCCAAAAUACAUACCAGAUUUGUAGAUUAGAAACUGUGGCCUAGUGUCAUUCUUUUUGUAUACUAGUCUUUUCUUUCCUGAUUUGUAAAUUUACCCUUUUUCCCAUUCUUUAGGAGCUCUAAUUUAGGCCCCAUAUUUUUCUUUUAUAUUAUACAUUUGUAAUCUCUGUAUCAAAUGUAAAUUUGAGGGAACUCCGGAAAGAGUUUUAUUUCCUCCUUGUUCAGACA